AUGUCAGAUUCAACAGAUUUCUUUUCCUCACACGUUCCGAACUUUUGGAACCGACGAAAGUAUCGAGUAGCUGCACCAAGAAUGCAUUAUGUUGCAUCAGCUGCGAAUUCAGUUUCCAGUGACAUUUUAGCCAUCGAGCGUGUCGAUUUAUGCACUGCACGAAAUGGCAAGACUCAUCGUACAAAUCGAUUCGAUGUAAUGAAGCGAGAAAUUCCAAAACUUGUCAUACGUCGUGGUCAGGUCUUUAAAUUAUUACUCUAUUGCAAUCGUCCAUAUGAUAUUGAAAAGGAUGCCAUAAGCUUAAUAUUUAGUGUUGCUGAUGUUGAAAAGCCAUCGUUUGGACAUGGAACGUUGAUUGCUGUCUCAUUGAAUAAUCGAUCGACCGAUUUGGGAAAAUCGACUGAAUGGGGUGCAUCUGUGAAUAGCAUCAAUGGAGACCUUUUAGAAAUUUUAAUAAAACCAGCAGCAAAUGCAUUGGUUACGCAAUGGAAAAUGGAUAUUGAUACAAAAAUAAUAAAUAAUAGUAUGUCGAAGAGCUAUUCACUCCCACAGCCAUUCUACGUUCUAUUCAAUCCGUGGUGUCGUGAGGAUGAAGUCUAUUUAGAAGAUGAACGUGCACGAAAUGAAUACGUAUUGUCGGAUACGACAUUAAUUUGGAAAGGAACUUACAAUCGUUUGCGUCCAUCACCAUGGAAGCUUGGACAGUAUGAACGCGAUGUACUUGACUGUGCUUUGCAUAUUAUCGCGUACGUUGGAAAAGUUAAUCCGUCAUCGCGAGGAAGUCCUACAAAAAUAUCAAGAGCUUUAUCUGCUGCUGUCAAUAGUCCUGAUGAUGAAGGCCUUCUCUUAGGGAACUGGACAAAUGAUUUUUCUGGUGGUGUAGCACCGACUAAAUGGGGUGGAUCUGUUGAAAUCAUGCAACGCUUUUAUCGCAAACGAAAGCCUGUAAAAUUUGCACAAUGUUGGGUAUUUGCCGGAUGCUUAACAACAAUUGCACGAUGCAUUGGAAUUCCAUCGAGAAUCGUGACAAAUUAUUCAUCAGCACAUGAUACUCAGGCUAGUAUGACGGUUGACUACUUUGUGGAUGAUGACGGAAAAGUCAUGGAAGAGAUGGGAUCUGACUCAAUAUGGAAUUAUCAUGUAUGGAAUGAGGUGUUUAUGUCACGUCCGGAUUUGAACAAUAAUGAUGAUGGAAUGUAUGAUGGAUGGCAGGCAAUUGAUGCAACGCCACAAGAGAUGUCCGAUGAAAUGUAUCGUUGUGGACCAGCUUCAGUUGCUGCAGUUAAACGAGGUGAAGUUCUCAAACCAUACGAUAAUAAAUUCCUAUAUGCAGAAGUUAAUGCUGAUAAAGUUUUCUGGCGAUAUGCUGGACCUGGAAAUCCCUUGAAAUUAAUAAAGAAAGAUGAAUUUGGAAUUGGACAUUUCAUUAGCACAAAAGCUAUUGGUAGAUGGGAACGAGAUGAUAUAACAAGAACAUAUAAAUUUGAAGAGAAAACUGAUGAAGAAAGAGCGACGAUGCUGAAAGCAUUAAAGCAAGCUAACAGUGCAUUUUCAAGAUAUUAUCUCAAUGAAGAAUUUAAUGAUGUCCAUUUCAACUUUGAACUUAAAGAUGACAUUAAAAUUGGCGAAGACUUUAAUGUUGAGCUACACAUUAAAAACAGAUCAUCCGAGAAGAAUUAUACAGUAAAUGGCAACCUCAUUGUUGAAUCCAUUAUGUAUACUGGCAAGAACCGCAAAGAAAUUAAAUCAAUGAAAUUUUCCGAAGUCGUUGAACCAAGUAACGAUAAGACCGUGUCACUUGAAGUCACAUUUACUGAUUACUUCCGUAAGCUUCUGGAUCAGUCAGCGUUUAAUAUCGCUUGCAUGGCAUCUGUUGAGAAUACUGACUAUGAAUAUUUCGCACAAGAUGAUUUUCGUGUACGUAAGCCGGAUAUUAAGUUCAUAUUUACAGGAAAGCCAAUGCAUGACGUUGCUCACGAUAUCCACAUAAGAUUGGAAAAUCCACUGCCCAUACCGAUUACAAAAGGUAUCUUUCAAAUUGAGGGAUCCGGCCUUAAAGAGCCUCUUAUUCUAAAGGUCCCAGACAUUCUACCAAAAACAGUAACAGAAACCCGCUUUGCUUACAAGCCAUCAUAUGUUGGAAGUGCAAAGCUUGUCGCCAAGUUCACAUCAAAGGAAAUGGAUGACGUUGAUGGAUUUAGAGUAUUUGAAGUCGCACCAAAACCAGAAGAUGUUCUUAUGGACCCAAUAGACAAUGACACAAUAAUCUCCGAAAGUGAUAUUGUCGAGUGA